AUGGUCAAUUUUUACCAUGGCUUCAUCCCCCAUUGUGCUGGCAGGCUACAUCCUUUGCACAAACUAUCAUCCUCUGCCGAUUUUAUUUGGUCCCCUGAAUGCGAGGAAGCAUUCCAGUUCUGUAAAUCCGCCCUAGCUAGUGCAACACUGUUGGUUCAUCCGCAUUAUAAUGCACCAACCAGUAUAACAUCUGAUGCCUCAGAUCUAGCUGUGGGAGCCGUCCUUGAACAAUUUAUCGAUUAUGAGUGGCGUCCCAUCGGUUUCUUUUCUCGCAAGCUACAGCCGGCAGAAACACGUUACAGUACGUUUGACCGAGAGCUGCUAGGCGUUUACUUAGCCCUUCGUCAUUUUCGGUGGUUUAUCGAAGGUCGUGUGUUCUACGUGUACACUGAUCACAAACCCUUGACUUUUGCGAUCUCAAGUGGGUCAACCCAACGCUCUCCACGGCAAAUCCGGCAGUUGGCUUUUAUUUCUGAGUUUAGCACCGACCUGUGA